AGACGGUUGCAUCGGUGAGGAAUGUGAAUAACUGGUCAGGAGCAGUGUGGAUCACACCAAUACUCGGCGCCUACAUAGCAGAUACUUACCUGGGUCGAUACUGGACGUUCACUGUGUCAUCUCUUAUCUAUGCAAUGGUAAAUUAAUUAAUUAAUUAAUCAAUUAAUUGAUGUCUCCACUAAGCAAACUUUAAUCAUUGUCUUUCACUAGAAAGUCUACUUAUUCCAGGAGCAAUUUGGCAGGAUUUUCGAGCUAAAUAUCCCUUGUGAUUCGCUAUAUAUUCAUAAGCUAUAAUUUUCAAACACAGUUGAGUAUUUGCUGGGGCCAUAAAUAUUUUGGCGUCACCUACUUUCGAAGGCCAAUUGGGUUCGUGAUUUUUGCUUGUGGGGUCAAUGAAUUGCUAGUUCGAUUUAUUGGCUUGUAUCAUGAAUACCGAGCUGCAUUCUUGUCCUCCACAAGUGUGUGAUUUAAAUUAAUCCCACGAAGAGCAGUAGCUAUCCCGUUCAUUGAUUUGUUCUAAUUAUGACCAGGUUAUGCCAACCAUUAAUUAUUGAAAUGUCUGUUCAAACAGAUUAUAAUGACUCAAGUUUUUGUUUUCUUCAAUAAAAAACAGCGGUUAAUCAUAUAACAAUUGCAGAAUAAAAACAAAAGGAAAACACCUCUUUGCAUAAAAUUCCAACUCGUGUUUCAUGACCAGUGGUGCAAGGCUACUUGCCCCUAAUACAGUAGGAAUGAUACUACUAACAAUGGCAGUUUCAUUCAAGUUCAUGAAACCAACAUGCACAAAUGGAGUCUGCAAUAAGGCCUCCCCUUUGCAAAUCGCAUUCUUUUACUCUGCUCUCUACAUCAUAGCAAUAGGGGCAGGAGGAACGAAGCCCAACAUAUCAACUUUUGGUGCAGACCAGUUUGAUGAUUAUAACCCACACGAAAAGAAGCUCAAGGUCUCAUUCUUUAACUGGUGGAUGUUCAGCUCUUUUGUGGGAGCUCUGUUUGCCACUCUCUGCCUUGUGUACAUUCAAGAGAACUUGGGAUGGGGUUUAGGCUAUGGUAUCCCUGCAGUUGGUCUUUUAUUAUCCCUGUUUAUAUUCUAUCUAGGGACACCAAUUUACAGGCAUAAAGUUAGAAAGACUAAGAGCCCUGCAAGGGAGCUAUUUCAAGUCCUCAUUGCUGCCUUUAACAACAGGAAACUUCAGCUCCCUAACAGUCCCUCGGAGCUUCAGGAGUUUGACCUGCAAUAUUACAUUCAAACCGGAAAACGGCAGGUCCACCACACACCAGUGUUGAGGUGCUUGGACAAAGCCGCGAUCAAAGAUGGCAGCAAUAAUGCAGAUACCUCAAACCCAUCAUCAUCAUCAUGCACAGUGACGCAGGUAGAAGGAGUCAAGCUCGUUUUUGGAAUGAUGCUCAUAUGGCUAGUGACAUUAAUCCCUAGUACCAUAUGGGCACAGAUCAACACUUUAUUUGUGAAACAAGGGACAACGUUGGACCGCAACUUGGGCCCAAACUUCCAAAUUCCAGCAGCUUCACUCGGUAGCUUUGUGACGUUUUCAAUGCUUCUCUCCGUGCCAAUGUAUGACCGUUUCUUUGUACCAUUCAUGCGUAAGAAGACUGGAAACCCAAGGGGAAUCACGUUACUUCAGAGGCUGGGCAUCGGAUUCGCCAUUCAAGUGAUUGCCAUUGCAAUCGCUUACGCUGUUGAAGUUCGAAGAAUGCACGUCAUAAGAAUGCACCACGUUGUUGGGCCAAAGGAAAUCGUCCCCAUGAGUAUAUUUUGGCUGUUGCCUCAGUAUGUUCUGCUGGGAAUCGCUGAUGUUUUUAAUGCUAUCGGAUUGCUGGAAUUUUUCUACGAUCAAUCUCCUGAAGACAUGCAAAGCCUAGGAACCACAUUCUUCACUAGUGGGAUCGGUGUCGGCAACUUCUUGAAUAGCUUUCUAGUAACAAUGGUUGCCAAGAUUACAGGGACCGGAGGAGGCAAGAGCUGGAUCGGCAACAACUUGAAUGACUCCCACUUGGAUUAUUACUACGGGUUCCUCUUAGUUAUAUCUGCCCUUAAUUUAGGGGUCUUCUUGUGGGCAUCAAGUAGAUAUGUUUACAAGAAGGAAACCCUACAAGCACUGAACGAGGAUUGUAUCCGAAUCGACGGCAAAACCAUGGACACGUCUCCUCUAGGGUUGCAAGUAUAAGUUGACAGAUCCAUAAUGAGAUCAUACUAAAUAUUGUAAGAUAUAUAUGUCCAUUUCCUGUUUUCUUCUUCGCCGAACGUCAACUGAAGUUUCUCGUCUUAGAUUUUAUUGGGGAACAUAACUUAUUUAAAUAGAAUUAUGCAGAAAGAAUUUAUAUUUCA